UAAAGAAAGUUGGGUGAAGACAGUCAACAUACAUAGUUACUACUACUACCCUACGGUGUGAGGGACAGAGGCAGAGGCAGUAUUAUUUGUGUGAAGUUCUUCGAUGCUCAUUCUCAGUCUCAUCAAUUUCUGACUCCAAAUAAUCAUAAUCAUUUUGAAGGAAGGAAGAAGGGUUUGUUUGUUUGUUUGUUUGUUUGUUUGUUGAGAUGAAGAGGCCAUUUCCAUGGGAUGAAGAUGAAAUUGAUGUAUCAGAUUCUUCUUCUUCUGAUGAUUCACCAAAUGAAACCCCUAAUGUCGCCACCGUUCUUCCUUCAAUUCACAUUCACAUUCCGCUUCCAAAUCCCUCUUCAGAUGUCAACUCUCUAGAUGCACUCACAAGACGGGCGGCAAUGUAUCAGGAUUACAUGAAGCAUAUCCCAAUCCCAAGUAGUCGAGGCUCUCUCAUCCCGUUUACUUCAUGGAUGGGAUUAGGUAGAUCCAUCAAGCAGCUAUAUGGACAGCCUCUUCAUUACCUCACAAAUAUCCUCCUUAAGCAAUGGGACCAAUUGAGAAUCGGCAGUGAGGACGAAUAUACGCCCUUGGACGACAUAAUUCAUCCGCGCAAAGCAGAAUCCACCAUCUGGCUCAUGGAAGAAAUCCAUCGACAAACCUCAUCACAUUUUCAUAUUGCUGAUCUCUGGAAAAAGGACCCAAUGUACCAUGGGUUUAUUGAUUCCAUUUUCCCAAAAUUGGAGGACACAUCUUGAAGCCAUUUUGUUUAGAGGCUUUGUACUGUAAGCCUGCAAAUCGUUUGUCUUAUUUUCCUAUUGGUAAAGCGAAAUUGAACCAGAUCCUUGAUCCUUUCAUCUUAACUUUAUGCUUUAGAGUUUAGACUAUUGUUCAUUUUAAUACACAGACAGCUACUUCAAAGUAUUUGUCUCCCAGGAUGCUGUUAAUGAUAUUCCAGUCUUGGUCACAAUCUGUGUUGUUGUGAAUGUUCGUCA